CGGGUUCGUCGCCGAGCGCAGCGCUUCUUCGCCCUAUGGGCGCUACCGACGACGAACGAUCUUUCCACUGACCCCAUGACCAUUCAUGGGCCCAAUCAGCUUCAUCGCCACGCAGGUCGAUCGUCUUUCUGGUUUCUGCCCUCGAGAUUCGAAGGCCGCACACGCGCGACCUCCCGCGCCCGCGCCCUAUGACGUCACGGAUGCAUGCGCCCUCCCCCUCGCUCAUCGUCGCCCUUGCGUCCUGACUUCACCACGCGCAUCGCGAUAUUCGCGCGCAACUAGCGAGAGAACCCCCAGAUCUUCAUCGCGCAUACGACUCUGACUUCAGUGAGCGCUCAUAGCGCACACCCUAACUUGUCUCGUACCCUAUACCAUCCUCAUCCAUCUUUCGACGGACUGACAUCCCGGCAUGCCUUGGUCAUCCACACACUCAGGCUGGCGAUCGCGCGCGACGCCCUACAACGGCCCUACCCCAGACCUCGCCGCCGCCGAGCUCAAGUUCGCCGUCAAGAUCAGCGCGCCCGCGGGGGAAUACCCUCUGCUCGCGGUUUUCGCGGGGCCCUCCUCUUCAUCCACCCCUUCUUCCCCAUCACCCUCGUCACCCUCGCCCGAAUCCAACUUCGCCAUCGACGCCAAGGGCCACGUCCUCCGCUUGGCCCCCGAGGACUUCACCGCGCUGACCGCGCUCGCUCGCGGCGUGGACGCGAUGCACGAUGCCGGGGUGUACGACGCGGAAAGGCGCGGCGCGUGGCGCGUCAAGAGCCCCAUCACCUGCCGCCCAUUCCACGUGCUGCUCGUGCCGCAGCCGCCUGAGAGCGCGGCGGUCGCGGUCGCGGCAGCGCAGGAGCUGGGGAAGGAUCCGGUAGAGGGACUGGGGGAUCCGGCGCGGGCGAGUGGGGGGCCUGCAAGCGCGAGAGCAGAGGCAAUCGCGGAGGGGGAACUGAGUGCGGUCGAGGGGACGCCGACGCCGGUAGAGGAUCCGAAACCAACCCUACGCAGGACCUCCGUUUACGCGUUCAAGAAGGAGAACGCGGAGCUCAGUACGCCGGUGGGCGAGCUGACGCAGUUGCCCGCCGCGCUGGUGGAGUUUUUCGGGUUAGCGGAGGAGGCGCAGGGAGAGGGAGAGGCGGACAAGGAGGUGUUGGACAAAGUGAACGCAUUGCUAAGGGGUGAGAGGUAGGAGGGUAGCAUGGACACGUGAAGAGUCGAAAGCGAAUUAUGUAGGACUAUAUACAUGUAUCGUUACUACUUUUCCGGGUGAAUCGAUGUUCGUCCGCACCAUAGCG